AAAACACGCGCGCACACGCACUCCCACUCACACACUCCCGCCGAGCGGCCGAGCCUCGCCGUGCGCUCUCGACCCGCGCGUUAUGAAGCGUGUGCCUGGAUAAUCAUACCUGCCCGCACGUCCUGCCCGCUUCUCCGCUGCACUUUGGAUUCUACUUUAGGAUGAGUUUGGAUAUGCGCAAACGGGAUGAAGAGAACCCCUUUCCUGCCCGCAGAAGUAAAAUAAAAUAGGGUUUCGUUGACACUGGAGUUAAUCCUCUCAUUCCCUAUGAAGAAGUCAAAAAUUUGGAUACGCACCUGUGUCCAUUUACUACUCUACAUCACAGUUGCUGCCUAUUCCAGUGAAAUCGGAAACCCCAUAACAGAUGACAUCAAGAAAAUUUCAGUGUUGAAGCAGAAUAUUCCAAAAGAUUACAAAAUCACAGUACGCUAUUUGCCUAAAGAAGUGAGUGGAAUGUGCUGGGUGAAGCUAAAUGUAUUCCACUUGGAGGAGAGCUUAAAAGUCCUGGCCCAGAAGUUUGGGAACAUUUCCUCCAACAAAGAUAAUAUAGGAACGUUUGUCCAAAUGUUGCGCGAGAUGCGGUAUCAUAUUGGACAUACUUUGGAGGAAGCUGUGCAAGAAUUUGACUGCCACUACAGAGAGGAAAAGUGGCUCACAGGACGCUACUUUGAAUUUGUGGAAGAUUUUUUCAAUACUGCCAAUUCUUCAAGAGAAGAUGUAGACUGUGAACCCCCGCCGUGUCCCACGACACCGAAAACAACAAUAACAACGACGAUAACAACAACAGUGUCGACACAACAUCAUUUGAAAGGUAGUUCAACUGCUAACGACACUACAGAGGAAGGGGUUACAAAUCAGAGGAUUCUUCCAGAGGUGCUGGAGAGGAGCCUCUUUUCUCUUCUCUUCAUUCCUCUCAUCGCUCUGGCAUUCCUGCUUGUCUGGAAGGUGAAAUCCAGAAGAAAUGCCCCCCCAGUGGAUAGAAGUUCAGAAAGCCCUCCACUGUAUAUUGAAGCUGAGGCCAGCGCACCACCAUUAAAUGAUGUAUCUGAAAAGAACAGAUUAACCAUGAUCGGUGAGGUGUAAAUCAUCUGUCUUCAUCACUACCGAUUGUACAGUGGACAGAAGACAGCAAGGCGAGACCACUGAAAAACCACACACAUCUUUUCCUAUACUCUCAGCUGCGAGGGAUAUGUGCUGGCCUCGAACAAAAGAACUGCCCACUGAGUUCUGAUGCUCUUUCUAAGAACAGUGACUGGACAUUUUCCAAGGGGGAAGG